CAUCACAAUCUAGCUAGUUCGUAGUCGUGCUCGCGUAGCACUCGUACGCGCGCAAAGGACACGUUACAAUGUCAGCCUUGUAUUCCGAGAAACGAAGGCAUCUCUUCGUCCUGCUCAGCCUCACUCUCGCCGCCGCCGCAUCCGAUGUCUCCUUCUAUCCCUCCGCGGAGACCGCCGCGGCGGCGCACUGCGACGGCACGCUGUACCCGGAGCUCUGCCUGUCCACGCUCGCCACCUUUCCGGACCUCCACAAGAAGUCCCUCCCGGAAGUCAUCACCCACGCCUGCAACCGCACGGAGACCGACGUCACCGCAAUGUCUUCCAACUGCUCCUCCUACUUCCGCGGGAAGUCGCUCAGCGCGCGCGACCGCCGAGCCCUGUCGGACUGCGUGGAGCUUCUCGACACCACCAUGGACGACCUCCGGGCCACCAUCUCCGACCUGCAAGACCCCGCCAAGCGCCCGAUCAUGGAUCACUGCAUGACCGUCCUCUCCGCCGCCAUCACCAACCAGCAGACGUGCCUCGAGGGCUUCUCGUACCAGAAGGGCGGCGACGUGCUCUCCCACGUCGAGCCCGGCAUCAGCCACAUCGCCCGAAUGGUCAGCAACUCGCUCGCCAUGACCAGGAAGCUGCCCGGAGCCGGAGCGCCUUCGCCGUCCACGUCGAGCCUCCAUGAAGAGCGGCAGCCGUUCACGGGGUACGGGCAGAUGGUCAAGGGGUUCCCGCGGUGGGUGAAGCCUGGUGAAAGGCGGCUGCUGCAGGCACCGGCGUCGGGCAUAAAUGCCAAUGCCGUGGUGGCCAAGGACGGGAGCGGGACGUACAGCACCGUGUCCGCGGCGGUCGCGGCGGCGCCGACCAACUCGAAGAGCAGGUACGUCAUAUACAUCAAGGCCGGCACGUACUUGGAGAACGUGGAGGUGGGGAAGAACCAGAAGAACCUCAUGUUCAUCGGCGACGGCAUAGGCAAGACGGUCAUCAAAGCCAGCCUCAACGUCGUCGACGGCUCCACCACCUUCCGCUCCGCCACACUAGCGGUGGUGGGCGACAACUUCCUGGCCCGCGAUCUGACCAUCGAGAACUCGGCCGGCCCAUCGAAGCACCAGGCGCAGGCGGUGGCGCUCCGCGUCGGCGCCGACCUGUCGGCUUUCUACCGCUGCAGCUUCGUGGGCUACCAGGACACCCUGUACGUGCACUCCCUGCGGCAGUUCUUCCGCGAGUGCGACAUCUACGGCACCAUCGACUUCGUGUUCGGCAACUCCGCCGUGGUGCUCCAGAGCUGCAACCUCUACGCGCGGCGGCCCCUGGCGAGCCAGAGCAACAUCUACACGGCGCAGGGCCGGACGGACCCGAACCAGAACACGGGCAUCUCCAUCCAGAAGUGCAAGGUCGCCGCCGCGUCGGACCUCGCCGCCGUGCAGUCGAGCUUCCGGACGUACCUGGGCAGGCCGUGGAAGCAGUACUCCCGCACGGUGUACUUGCAGUCGGAGCUGGACAGCGUCGUCGACCCCGCGGGGUGGCUCGAGUGGGACGGCACCUUCGCGCUCGACACGCUCUACUACGGCGAGUACCAGAACACGGGGGCCGGAGCUAGCACGUCCAACCGGGUGAAGUGGAAGGGUUACCGCGUGAUCAGCAGCUCGUCGGAGGCCAGUACCUUCACGGUGGGGUCAUUCAUCGACGGCGACGUCUGGCUAACUGGCACGUCCAUCCCCUUCACCACCGGGCUGUGACCGUAUUAUUCUAUCACGGCGAGAUCUGGGUUUGAUGGCAAUAAGUGAACGACGCCCAGAAGCAAAAAAAAAGCACCACUUCGAUCGUUUUGGGAUGCCGAUUCUUUGUUUUUCUAGACCAUCAUAUACGUGAUUGGUUCAUUAUAUAUUGAUAUACGUGCAACGCAUAUACCGGUUUAAGAUCUCCGUAUAUGUAAUUCUUCAUGUUGGUUUGUACUUAAUUAUGCAAUAAACAUAUUUAUAUA